AUGUUGAAAGCUGGUUCUGAUGCUGUUGGUGGAUUAAUGGGUAUUUCAUCAAUUUUCUCCUUUAAGGAUGCUGUUGGUGGAUUAAUGGGAUUCUCCAUAAUCUCAAAGUUUGCUCUAAAUCAGGGGAUGAGCCAACAUGUUUUGGUAGUUUACCGCCAUGUUAUUGCCACAGCUGUUAUUGCUCCUUUUGCCAUUUUCUUAGAUAGGCUAGUGAUCGACCAGAACUUGUUCUAUACUGGUAUGAAGCUCACAACAGCAACUUUUGCAGCCGCAAUAAGCAAUGUUUAUCCUGCUUUUGCAUUUGCAAUGGCCUGGGUUCUAAGGCUCGAGAAGGUUAAAAUUAGAAGUGUACAUAGCUUGGCAAAAAUAUUGGGUACCAUAGUGACAGUUGGGGGAGUUAUGUUUAUGACUUUGGUUAGAGGACCCACAUUGAAUUUGCCAUGGGCUCGUUCUGCCGGUCUGCUUUCAUCAUCCUUCAAGUAA